UGACGCUUCGUCUCUGCGUGUUUAGUAUUGGCAAAGCGCUACCCAUUUACCAACCUGUUUAUUUCCUGGUCUUAUCGCUUUCAUAAAGACUCGAUGAGUUCGCGGCAGACCUGAAGAACAAAAACUGGUCAUGUUCUAUUGUAUAAUGUAACUGAACCUUUUCCUCGGAAUGAGAGUCCUCGCUCUUCUUUGUGUCGUGCUAUAUGGCAUUUGCGGGGGAAAUGCGGCCACUCACUCUCUGAAGUACAUCUACGUUGUUGUCACUGGGGAUACUGACUCCCCAGACUUCACCAUCACGGGUUUGGUGGAUGGUGAGGAGUUCGUGCACUAUGACAGCAGCAUCAGGAGGAUGAUCCCCAAGACUGAGUGGAUGGAAAAAUCAGUGGACAAGCAGUACUGGGACAAACAGACUCAGAAAGUGCUCUAUGCACAUCAUAUCUUCAAAGACAAUAUUGGAAUUGCAAUGCAGCAUUACAAGUCAACUCAGGGUCAACACAUUCUCGAGUGGACUGUUGGCUGUGUGUGGGAUGAUAAGACCAGGAACGCAGGAGGGAUUGAACGUUAUGUAUACGACUGGAAAAGGUUUUUUCCUGUUGCCAUAAAAAACUGGAGUUUCAUUCCACCUGCACAGCAGCUGUUUAUCAGUGCAGUGAAAUGGAAUCCAGCUGAGCUUGAGAAUUACAGCCAGACCCAGACCUGCAUUGAGUCACUGAAGAAGUACGUGAGCUACAGGAAGAGCACUCUGGAGAGGACAGUUGCUCCUGAUGUGUCUCUGCUGCAGAAGGACUCCUCCUCUCCUGUUGUUACCUGUCAUGCGACCGGAUUCUACCCCCGUGACAUUACGAUAACCUGGCAGAGAAACGGAGAGGACCUGGAUGUAGAGCCGGGGGAGACGGUGCGCAAUGGGGACGGAACUUUCCAGACCACAUCUUACCUGACAGUGAAGCCUGAGGACUGGAAGAGCCAGCUUUACACCUGUACUGUACAGCACAAGAGCCUGAAACAGGACAUUGUUCUGCCUGUCAAAGAGGAGAACAUCAAGACACGUAGCUUCAUGGGCGUCAUCAUCGGCUGUGUGGUGGGCGUGCUCAUCCUCAUCCUCGCCGUCAUCGGUGUCGUCAUGUGUAGGAAGAGAAGCUCAGGCUACGUGAAGACCAGCACCUUUGACCCAUAUUCCCCGGACUCAAUCCACGUGUGGCUGCGGAGCAAACUCCUCGGGAAGCUACACAUGACGGACAACUCCAACCAACCUGCAGCCACUGACACUGAUUCAGGGAACUCCAACCAACCUGCAGCCACUGACACUGAUUCAGGGAACUCCAACCAACCUGCAGCCACUGACACUGAUUCAGGGAACUCCAACCAACCUGCAGCCACUGACACUGAUUCAGGGAACUCCAACCAACCUGCAGCCACUGACACUGAUUCAGGGAACUCCAACCAACCUGCAGCCACUGACACUGAUUCAGGGAACUCCAAUCAACCUGCAGUCUCUAUCUCACUGGCCUUUCCUGUAGUUGACCUUUCCCCCUUCCACCCUAAAUAUGCGCUUUUGGUCUGGCUUUGAACUGUCAAGCUCAUGAAGCUGAUAUCCAACAUGAUGGACUACCUCUUUUAUGUCAUAAAUACUUCAAGAAGUAAGACGUGAAUGCCGAGGGGGGGGGGGGGGGUACGUACUGUCAUGGUUCUGUGU